GGCAAGCAGAGUUGCCAAGCUGCUGCACUAAACAGCUGUUCGAAUUUCGGCGGCAUUUCAUUUCGUAAACAAUUGUAAUACUUUAAACAAAAAACAUGGUUAAAACUAAGGGAAAUGCCAAGAAAUUUGGCAUGCAUCCGCGAAAUAUAUUACGCCAGCCACCUGAUUAUACAAAAUUGGCUAUAAAAUACAAGGAUUUCCGCAAAGAAUGCGAAUUGGAGCUCAAUGGCAAAGUAUCUGUGAAUUUUCGCAAUGAAAAGACGUUGCGUGAGUUGACCAAAAUGCUUUUAAAGGAAUACUUUGAUUUAAAUGUGGAUUUUGCACCUGGAAGUUUGGUGCCCACUUUGGCCCUCCGUUUAAACUACAUUUUAUGGCUAGAGGAUCUAAUGGAGCCGCUGAAAUUGCAGGAAAUCAGGGGAAUAGAUAUAGGUUGUGGUUCCUCAUGCAUUUAUUCUUUGCUGGGAGCCAAGAAAAAUGGUUGGCAUAUGCUGGCCUUGGAAUCGAAACCCCAAAACAUUGAAUAUGCCAGGGAGAAUGUGAAGAAAAACCAGCUGGAUGAGCUAAUAGAAGUCUACGCUCAACCAGAUAAAACGAGCAUCUUCAAGAGCUACUUCGAGAAGGAACAAAAGGAGCUGCAGUACCACUUUUGCCUAUGUAAUCCUCCCUUUUUCGACUCCAACUUGGCCAAUCCUUUUGGCGGCAACACCAGAAAUCCCGAGAGACGACCUGCACCCAAUAAUGCCCGGACCGGAAGCCAGGAGGAGCUGACCUGCGUGGGUGGCGAAGUCCGCUUUGUGCAGCGCAUUAUCGACGAGAGUCUGGAAAACAAGCUACGCGUGCGCAUCUUCACCACAAUGUUGGGCGUCAAGGCCAAUGUGCCAAGGAUACUGGACUACCUGAAGGAGCGGCAGGUGGCGAAUGUCGCCACCACGGAAUUCCAUCAGGGACACACCACUCGAUGGGCGGUGGCCUGGAGUUUCCAUUCAGAGCCGCUAAGCCAGGAGACAUCGUGUAAUUGAGUUUACUUAAGUCUGUGAGGGGUUACUUUCAAGUUUUUGUUGCUGUAAGCAUAGCCAGGUGUUAAGUUUUGAUAGCUUUCUUGUAAGCAUAUUUAUACUUAAGUAAGCAAUGUGUUUGAAACUAAAAGAAAUCUUAAGAAUGUACUUGGUCUAGGUUGAAUAACUUUAAAGAAUGUCAUACCACAUUAGUUUAAAAAACUUAACCGAAAAUGAUUUAUGUACAAUUGAAAUUUAAUAAUUAAGCAAUAAUCAUUUAUGUACAAUUAAAAUUUAAUAGCAAGACAUAGGUAAUCCAAUCUAGGAUAACUAUAUACAGAAAUAGUCUAACUAAAUGCUUUGACCAUAUAGUCUAUACACAUAAAAACCUACAUAAGCAUUUAAAACUUGAUUUUAAAAUGCAUUUAUUUGCCCUCUAAAUGGUCUUAAAGAAGAAAAAAGAAUUAAUAAUAAUGCAAAUCGAUCACUGCAUAAUUUGUUCUGUAUCAGUAACCAACAAAUGUGCAGCUUUCGUUUAACCUUUUAGUAAUUGAGCAACGGACAACAAAUGAUAAUUUGCCAUUAUUCCCCAGAGCUAUGUUUAUAAAUAAAUUUAAGCUGCAGGCAGUUGCACAAGGGAGUGAACUCUGACCUUCACCUGGGCAAAACUUCCGAAGCGGCUCCAUUUCGGUGCUGUCAGAAAGCUUUCGCACUAAAUGGAAAUUUGCAUGUCAAUGGUCACUUUGCCGCCCAGGUCCACGAACGGAAAUUAUCGUUUCGCUUUUAUCAUUGACCACAGCUGACCACACACUUCGACAGAAAAAGGCAAACAGAAUCAGAAAGGCAACCGAAAUGGAGGCAAACACGCACACUAAGCACAAGUCGCCAACUUCGGUCAACGGUGGCUUUUCCACACCUUUGAGCCAGGGAAUUCGGACGAUUCGCUCGUCCGCCAUGUGGGAUAGCAAAUAGCUACUUUUAAUUGCUGCACAGGCACGCUAUGUUUUCUUUAGAUAAUCGACUGGGAAAUACCCUUUGAUUACACAAAUAAUUUACUUUUAAAAAUGGAAUUUGAUAGUAGCUAAACAGUAUUGAAAUUGUAACAUCUAUUUGCCUUUGUUAAAGUGACUUAGUUUUUAAAAAUGUGAGACACUAUGUAAAAAUAAAAAAGAGUUUUAAAAAGCAUUCAUAAAUAUUAUUUAAAG